CACAACUGGAUUCUAGAGAGAGCAUGAAACUCUGACCAUAGUGUUUCAGAGCAUCAGGAUUAUCAUAUUCAACACUCAGUCUCUCUUCCUCUCAGACACACAGCGAAGAGACUCAGGGCUUCCUAUGGUGGCCAGCCAAUGCCUGGCCAUGGGCAACGGUUCCAUAAAAGUCCCGAGGGCUGAGGAGAACAGCUUCCUGGCCUCCAUCCACACAGACCCCCCAUGCCUGGACACAGACAUCCUCAGGUUGCGGGUAACUCAGCUAGAGGAGGAGCUGGCACGUCGGGACCAAGAGUUCCGGGCCCAGGAGCUUCAGUUACAGUACCUCCAGAGUGAGCUGGAGGCCAAGGUCUCCCAGAUCGACAAGCUCCAGGAUGCUAUUGGCUACAACAACAGCCUGGGCUGCUCUCCGCAGGCCCUGCGCCACCACAGCCACCGCCGCUUCAGUGUCAUCAACCAGGGCCCCAGCCGCUUCCAUAGGGUGGCUGUGGAGGUGCACCGCCGGCUCAAAGCUAAAGAGGGCGUCUCUGCAGAACCAACCUCAAACUUCUGCGGGGGGUUCAGAGCUGCUCACACCCCCACUGCAAAGUCUGUCCGCAAAGACUCACAAACCAAGAAACUCAUCAACAGUGCCAUCAUGAACAACGACUUUCUGAAGAAGCUGGAGCCGCAGCACAUGAGAGAGAUGGUGGACUGCAUGUACGAGAAGGUUUACACCGAGGGACAGCUGGUCAUCCAGGAGGGGGAACCUGGAAACUACCUCUAUGUCCUGGCAGAUGGCCUGCUGGAGGUCUUUCAGAAUGGGAAGCUGCUGGGGGAGAUGCGUCCUGGCACUGCAUUUGGAGAGCUGGCCAUACUGUAUAACUGUAAGAGAACAGCCACCGUCAAAGCUGUGUCCCAGUCUCACAUCUGGGCUCUGGACCGCCAGACUUUCCAGACCAUCAUGAUGCAGAGCACACAGGCGCGCCAUGAUGAGUACUUCAGCUUCCUGUGCAGUGUAUCCCUGCUCCGAGGACUGCCUGAGGAGAAGUUAGCCAAGGUGGUGGAUUGUCUUGAAGUGGACUAUUUUCAGAAAGGGGAAUAUAUCAUUCGAGAGGGUGAAGAAGGAAACACUUUCUUUAUCAUUGCAAAAGGAGAGGUGAUAGUCACUCAGAGCACAGAGGGGCUGGCUGAACCACAGGAAAUCAAGACGUUGGGAGUUGGAGAUUACUUUGGAGAAAAAGCUCUGAUCAGUGAGGAUGUUCGCUCAGCCAACAUUAUCUGCAAUGAGAACGACACACACUGCCUGGUUGUGGACAGAGACAAUUUCAACCAAAUGGUGGGAACCUAUGAGGAGCUUCAGGCGUACCUGAAAGAAUAUGUGGAUGAGCUUUCCAGGAGUGAUGAGAGGAGAAAUGCCCUGCCCCACUCCCCUCAUAUUGACUCUGCAGAGGCCCAGGAGCUGAGGAGGCUGAGGGAGAAGAUUUCCCUCCUGCCUUUCCAGGAUCUGGAGGUCAUAGCGACUCUAGGCAUGGGAGGAUUUGGACGAGUGGAGCUGGUAAAGCUGAAGGACGAGGACACCACGUUUGCUCUGAAGUGCAUUAAGAAGAAGCACAUUGUAGACACCAGACAGCAGGAGCACAUCUACUCUGAGAAAAACAUCCUUCAGCAGACCAACUCCGCGUUCAUCAUCAGCUUGUUCCGAACCUUUCGGGACGAUAAGUUUGUCUACAUGCUGCUGGAAGUGUGUCUUGGUGGAGAGCUGUGGACCGUGUUGCGGGACAUGAGUUAUUUUGAUGCGCCAACAGCCAGGUUCUGUACUGGUUGUGUCUUAGAGGCUUUUGAUUACCUCCACACUUUGGGCAUCAUCUACAGAGACCUGAAACCUGAAAACCUUCUGCUGGAUGCUGAGGGUUAUGUCAAAAUGGCAGAUUUUGGCUUUGCUAAAAAGAUCGGUCUUGGAAAGAAGACCUGGACAUUCUGUGGGACUCCGGAGUAUGUGGCCCCCGAAGUCAUUAUGAACAAAGGUCAUGACUUCGGAGCUGAUUGCUGGUCCUUAGGAAUCCUCAUAUUUGAACUUCUCACUGGCAACCCCCCCUUUGCAGGCACAGACCCAAUAAUGAUCUACACCAUGGUCCUCCAUGGCAUUGAGAAGGUUGACUUCCCUAAAAGAAUAGGGAAGCAUCCAGACGACCUUAUCAGGAGACUCUGCAAGCUAAACCCAGUCGAGAGGCUGGGAAACAAAAAGAAUGGCAUCAUUGACAUUAAAAAAAACAAGUGGUUCCAGGGCUUCAACUGGGAAGGUUUGAGGCGUCACAAGCUGCUGUCCCCAUUGAAGAGAGAGCUGAAAGGGCCGAUGGAUCACAGUCACUUCGACAUGUUUCCUCCUGACACAGAGGAACCUCCUGAUGAGCUGUCUGGUUGGGAUAAGGACUUCUGAUGGUACAGGAUCUAAGUAACAGCAGUGGUUUUGACUGAUCAUACAUCCUAAAGAUUAUUUUGGGAUCUAUCUCUCAUAACAGCUUAAUACCUGGAGCCCAUGCUGUGAGGAAGUACAUGUUACAGGUUCUGCCUAACCUUAACUCUUUAAUACACAUACUCAUGAUUUACUAAUCAUGAGGGGACUAUGUUGGUGUAUAAAUGUUUUUAAAAACCUUAAACUGCUGCAGGAAUAUUGUACUCUCCAUGUCCUGAUCAAAUGGUAGAUGGACUGUACUUAUCUCUUUAUCAGGUCUUUGCGACCCAUCAAAGCACUUCACAGAUUUACAAGUCAUUCACCCCUCCCUCAUACAGAGCAGUGCACUUACUCUAGGAACUAACAUUCACACACACUCACACACUGUUGGCCGGGGAGCAACUCGGGGUUCAGUAUCUUGCCUGAGGACACAUCCACAU